GGAUUCGGCCAUUACCUUUUCAACCAUAUCCCAUGUUUCCACUACUAAACACACACUUCCACCUUAUCAUCGUAUGUGUGGGGGAAGUUAAAUAUUGAAGUAGCAACUUCCCUAGUAUUUUACCAAACAAACGUACGGAAAGUUCCUGUUGAAAUUACUGCAAGAAUAAACAAAGUCUUGAUUGUUGACUUAGAAACAGUCACCAGUUUGAAGACAACACCAAUUUAUUACUAUAACAACCCAAUCCACACUCCACUCAACCAAUGGACGACGACAUGCAAACAUAAAACUUUCUUCAACCUGCUCAUUCUCAGUCUCCACUUAUUAAGCACUUUCUUUCCAUGCUUCCCUUCUAUUCCUUGUUCCUCCCAAUAUAAAAACCAUUCCUUUGUUCACUCUAAACGCUCACUCCAAGCCAACCCCAACUCCCCAUUGAAAAACCUCUCUUGAAUGGCUCUUGAAACGUUGAAUUCUCCAACUUCAGCCCCUCCACUGCUCCACCAUGAUGAUACAGUUGACUACCACUGUGUUGAGCCAUGGACAAGGAGGAAAAGAACAAAAAGACCCAGAACUGAAAACCCGCCAACGGAAGAAGAAUACUUAGCUCUUUGCCUUCUCAUGCUGGCUAAGGGAACCACCAGGAACAACCCCUCAGGCUCAGCUGCCGCCAAAAACUCCCUCAAUCAUAACUACAAGUGUGAAGUUUGUAACAAAUCGUUUCCAACUUAUCAAUCUUUAGGGGGACACAAGUCCAGUCACAGGAAAUUUGUUGGAGCUGAUGAAGACUCCACAACCACCGCUGCUGCUGAAGAUAAAUUCACCGCAUCCACGACGGCUACAAAUUCACAUGCCAUGAUCAGCAACCAAGGUGGCAAGACACACACGUGUUCCAUCUGUUACAAGACGUUUUCUUCAGGUCAAGCCUUGGGAGGACAUAAAAGAUGCCACUACGAAGCUGGCAGCAACAAUAAUAACAGCGGUAACGAUGGUGUUAAAUCCUGGAGCCAGAGUCAACGUGACUUCGACUUGAAUUUACCUGCUGGACCAGAUGAAACAAGUAUGGACGUUCUUAGACAAGAUAAAUUUUGCCGCAACGAUGAAGAGGUCGAGAGUCCGUUUACCGACGCUUAAGCACGGAAGCUGCAAGGUUUAUUGAAUGUUUUGUAAAAAAUCAGAUUUAGAUUAGGUGAAUGAUUGGAGUGGACUUUGUUGUUGUUUAUUUUAGUCUUUUUCUUUUUCAAUUUAAUUGGCAUGUUUUAACGUUAUUUAUUUAUUUACUUUUUUAGCUCUCUCUUGGUUUUGUUGAUGUACAUGAGGAUUAAGGUCAUUAUAAAAUAUUUGUUUGUUUGGUAUUGAAAAA